UUCUCCUUCUCUCUCUCUCUCUUGGUUGAUUCCUUUGUUAUUCCGGCAAUGGCAGCACCUCCCCAUUUCACGGGCAGCUUGGGUUAUCCUCCUUCAUCUCCUAGUCCAAGAUCCCAUCUCCAUUGCUUAUCACCAUGUAAUAGAGCCAUAAAGGUUAGUAUGUCCCAAAAUCAAUCUUACUGGACUUGUGUAACUCAGAAAAUAGAGGACCAACUCAAGCAGCUCAUCCCUGUACGUCCACCCCUCUUGGUUUAUGAGCCUAUGCACCAUCUUGUCUUCACCGCCCGAAGAACCAUGGCACCUGCCCUAUGUGUGGCAACCUGUGAGCUCGUCGGAGGGCAGCAGCCAAUAAGCCCAAACCAAGCACUGGUGGUUGCCUCUGCUCUACACCUCGUGCAAGCUGCACUAUUUACCCAUGAACAGCUGCCGCUGACGGAUCGCCCUAUUCCGUCAAACCCAGAAACGUUAACCCAUCAUCACGCCUUCGCCGCUGGUGUGGAGCUUCUAACUGGGGAUGGCAUCUUAAGUUUUGUGUAUGAGUUAUUGGGUAGAUCAGACGACCCCGCCGGUGGCAAUUCCGAACGGCUUUUAAGGGUCAUCAUCGAGAUUGCACGCGCUAUGGGAUCAGAAGGAAUGGUCGAUGGUCAGUACCGGAAAAUGCUGUGCAGCGUGUUGGGUUCGGAGGAACUGUGUGACGUGGGAUGGGUUGAUCAUGUGUGCGAGAAGAAGGAAGGACGGCUGUAUGCUUGUGGGGCUGCUUGCGGAGCCAUUUUAGGAGGAGGUAGUGAAGAGGAGAUAGAGAAACUUAGGAAUUAUGGCCUCUAUGUGGGGAAGAUACAUGGAUUAAUGCUGUAUUAUCAUAACAAUAGGACUGGAGGGGAGGAGAAGGGCUUCACAGAUUUGGUGGAGAGGUGUACAAGUUUAGCACUCAAGGAACUUGAAGGAUUCAACCAAGGCAUGGUUCAGACCCUUUCUAGCCUUGUUCGAGCAAGCUUUUGGGAUAAAUGUUAGUUAAGAUAUCUCAACAUUUUACUCUCUCUCUUGUGUGUGUGUGGUGUGUUUGUCUGUUUGAUGCAGAAAGCCUACCUUAGUGACUUAGUCUGUCUGCAGUGAUGCUGAUACCACAUCAGGUAACUGUACCAAUAACUGAUAUACGUUUUCUGUGAUAGCUGUUUAUGCAAGUUGCAAAUAUAUAUGUGGAAAGGAAGGAGGCCGGAUUCAGUCCUCACAACA